CAUCGAGAAUUCGUAUAAAAUCAUUGGCAAUCUGCAACAGAGUCACCAUUCCGAGUCGUCUCUCAGUUUUAGAUACACGCUCCCCAAUCCAUCGAAGAUGUUCCGCUACAUGCUUGUCGCCUCCGCCUUCCUGGCCUGCGCCUACGCCGCUGCCAACUACAACCAGGAUGCUGGUGCCUACAUCACCAAGAGUGGUGCCGACAUCGCACCCGAGGGCACCUACAACUACGCCUACGAGACCAGCAACGGAAUCGCCGCCCAGGAGUCCGGAUUGGGAGGACACCAAGCCAAGGGAGGCUUCUCGUGGUACUCGCCCGAAGGAGAGCUCGUCCAGAUCGCGUACGUUGCCGACGAGAACGGCUACCAGCCCCAGGGAGCCCUCCUGCCCACUCCUCCCCCGAUCCCAGCUGCCAUCCUGAAGAGCCUGGAGUACAUCCGCACCCAUCCCCAGUACGAGGAGACCCAGCAGCGCAGGGCAUCGCCAUUCAGCCGGAAGACCAUCUUCGGUUAAGCCGAUUAGGAGUCCGAUUUGAUAACCUUUUAAAAGCUUUAUUACGAUGUGUAAAAAUGUUGAGUUGAAAUAAACGAAGAAGUUGUGAAAAAAAA